GCGCUAGCAUUGGUCAAAGUUCUUUGGACAUAGUUUGUUUAGUGUUUCUCUAAUGAUAAAGUAGCGGGGCGGAGCUUAGGGCAUAAAAUCAGAGCUCAGAUAGAGAAGUCGCCUUAUUCCAAGCUCAGGCUGCAAGAUGUGGCUCACCGUGCUACUGCUGGCCUUGCUUCUGCUGGCAGGUCUCCGCAGGGUUUACUUGGGUCUCUUCAGCGGAAACUCCCCGAACCCCUUCGCCGAGGACGUCAAGCGGCCACCUGAAUCCCUGGUGACCGACAAGGAGGCCAGGAAGAAGGUUCUCAAACAAGCAUUCUCAGCCAGCCGAGUACCAGAGAAGCUGGAUGCCGUGGUGAUUGGCAGUGGCAUUGGGGGGCUGGCCUCAGCUGCGAUUCUGGCUAAAGCUGGCAAAAGAGUCCUUGUCCUGGAACAGCAUACCAAGGCAGGGGGCUGCUGUCAUACCUUCAGAGAAAAUGGUCUUGAAUUUGACACUGGAAUCCAUUAUGUUGGACGCAUGCGGGAGGGCAACAUUGGCCGUUUUAUCUUGGACCAGAUCACUGAAGGGCAGCUAGACUGGGCUCCCAUGGCCUCUCCUUAUGACCUGAUGAUACUAGAAGGGCCCGGUGGCCGAAAGGAGUUCCCCAUGUACAGUGGGAGGAAACAGUACAUCCAGGGCCUUAAGGAGAAGUUCCCCAAGGAAGAAGCUGUCAUUGACAAGUACAUGGAGCUAGUUAAGGUAGCAUGAACCCCACUCAGCAUCCACAGUUCAUCCCAACAAGACUGACUGUUUCA